AUGUCCUUACUGGAUAAGUGCAGUGAAGGUAUAACACUUCUUACGCUGAACAUAAUAGACGGGAUACUUGAAAGCCAAAGAAUAGCAAGGAUGCACGAGUUUGUGCGCAUCCACUUCUCCUGGAUUUUUAUUUUCUCCUCUCUAACAGAAAGAAUUGUUGAGAUCCUUAGCAAGCUAAUAGUCCCUCGGGGCCUGGCAAUAGCCGUGAUCAUGGAUGGGAACAGAAGAUACGCAAAAUCAGCUAAAAUAUCACGGAAGAGUGGGCACAUGCUCGGAUACAAACACAUGCUUCAGACGCUCAAGUAUCUGAAGGCAAUCGAGUGCAAGAGCGUGGGGCUCUUUGCCUUUGGGAAAAAGAACUACAACAGAUCACCUGAAGAAAUCUCAGAUAUAAUGCAAAUUUUUGAAAGCGCUUUUACAGAGCUAGAGACCUCGAACCAGAGAGAGCUGAAAGAAAAGCUGGCAAUAGUGGGCGAUGUUUCAUCUAUGCCCAGCAAUAUAGCCACGCAUGUAAAAAGAAUAAACAAGGACACAGGAACAAAGAAGUCGUGUUUUAUAUUUGUUUCAUACUCUUCCAUUGACGAGUAUGUGAACACUACAACAGAUGGAAUAACUGUGCCCUUUGACAUCAUAAUGAGGCCGGGGGGAGAAAAAAGACUGAGCGACUUCCUGCUGUGCAAUGCAGCCAGCAGAUCAACCAUUUCUUUUAUGGCAACAAAAUGGCCGCUUAUGUCUUCUCUGCACAUUUUACUAUCUAUAAUGAAAUACAGGCUGGAAAAAACGUUACAGAGUUGA